AUUCUGCCCCGCCGUGGGCCCACGAGCGCGUAAGUGUCACGGGGGACAGGCAGGACUCUGGGGGCGUCGGGACUGGCCUCGACCCUGAUUGGAGAGCUUCGUUCAGGGUGUCACCAUGGAAUCUGACCGCCACUGACCACCACACAGCCACCAAGGGCUGAAGUUCUAGGCCUUUCUGUAGACACAGACAGGAGGCACAGAGCCAAGGAAGGCGACCUCGCCAUGGCUUCCUGCAGCGCCGAAGGCCAGCUCCAGAGGAUCAUCCGCGACCUGCAAGAUGCCGUGAUGGAGCUAAGCAAUGAAUUUAAAGACACGGGGGAGCCCAUCACUGACGACAGCAGCAGUUUGCACAAGUUCUCCUAUAAGCUCGAGUAUCUCUUGCAGUUUGAUCAGAAAGAGAAGGCCAGCCUCCUGGGCAACAAGAAGGACUAUUGGGACUACUUCUGUGCCUGCCUGGCCAAGGUGAAAGGAGCCAAUGACGGGAUCCGAUUCGUCAAAUCCAUCUCAGAGCUCCGGACCUCUCUAGGGAAAGGACGAGCAUUUCUUCGCUACUCCUUGGUGCACCAGAGGUUGGCAGAUACCUUGCAGCAGUGCUUCAUGAACACCAAAGUGACAAGUGACUGGUACUAUGCCAGAAGCCCUUUUCUGAAGCCAAAGCUGAGCUCGGACAUCGUGGGCCAACUCUAUGAGCUAACCGAAGUUCAGUUUGACCUAGCAUCGAGGGGCUACGACUUGGAUGCUGCCUGGCCAACAUUUGCCAGGAGAACAUUGGCCCCGGGCUCACCUGCAUUCCUAUGGAAACCCCCUAGCCGAAGCUCCAGCAUGAGCAGCCUAGUGAGCAACUACCUGCAGAACCAGGAGAUGGCCUCCAGCUUGGAUCUGAACAGCACCAUGAACAACGAGGGCCUGGAGGGCUUUGACGAGAUGCGGCUGGAGCUGGACCAGCUGGAGGUGCGAGAGAAGCAGCUGCAGGAACGCAUGCAGCAGCUGGACCAGGAGAACCAGGAGCUGCGGGCAACUGUUAACCUGCAGGGUGAACAACUGAAGAUAGAGCGGGACAGGUGCCGCUCAGCAGCCGAGGACAACGUCCACCUCGCAGGCCUGGUGGCCGAGCUCCAGAAGCACUGGCAGGCCACCGAGGCCACCCAGAGCACCAUGAAGGAGCUGCAGACAUGCCUGCAGGCGCUGGAGCUGAGCACGGCUGCAAAGGAAGAGGACUACCACACAGCCCUGCAGCGGCUGGAGGCCAUGCUGCUGCCCUUGGCACAGAAGCUUGAGGCUGCACAGAACUCCCUGAGCUGGAAGAACCAGCUGCUGGCCAGUGUCCCAGACCGCCUGGCCAUGGCUGAGCAGAAGACAGAAGCCACAGUGGACACAAAGCAGCAGCAAGAGCCUGUUCCUAGCAACUCAGCCCUGAUAAUCCAAGAGCUGGAGGAGAAGCUUCGAGUUCUGGAAGGUGAGAGCAGCAAGGUCCAGGAGCUCAACAGGCAGCAGUCGGCCCAGCUGGAGCAACUGACCAGGGAGCUGCAGCUGAAGGAGGAGGCCCAGGCCAAGCUGGAGUGCCUGGCAAAGGAGCUGGCCCCGCUCCAAGAGGAGCUGAGUGCCAAGGGCCAGGAGGCAGCGCAGCUCCAGCAUGAGCUACAGGCAUCUGCAGCCCGAGUGAGCUCCCUGCAGAAGGAGCUGGCACAGGUGAGGCAGGAGGAGCAACAGCAUCAAGAGGAGAAGGAGCUGCUGGAGCAGGAGGCAAGGUCUCUGGGCCGGCAGCUGCAGCUUCUAGAGACGAGGCUGACCCAGGUGAGCCUGCAUGUGAGCGACCUAGAAGAGCAGAGGAAGCAGCUCAUCCAGGACAAAGACCACCUCGUCCAAAAGGUUGGGACACUAGAGCAGCACAUGGGACCACAUGGGACCCUGACCCAGGCAGAGCUGCUGGACAGUGGCAAGGAACAAAGGGGCGACCAGAAGGAGGAGUUGUGGCAGGCCAACCAUGAGCUAAACAAGGAACUGCAGGACGUGCUGGGGCGCAAUCAGCUCCUGGAGGACAAGCUGCAGGCCCUGCAGGCUGAUUACCAAGCACUGCAGCAGCAGGAGGCUGCCAUCCACGGCUCCCUGGCCUCCUUGGAGGCCAAGCAGGCCAGCAUCCAGCACAUGGGGGACCAGAUGGGGACAAGUCUGCUGGCUGUCAAUAAGGUUAUGGAGACCCAGGUGGCAGACAAGGACGUCGCCCUGCAGAGCAAGGAGGACAAGUGCCACCAGCUGCAGGAGAAGGUGGCACAGUGCCAGCAGCUGGCAGAGGAUCGGGAGGAGGAGCUCAGAGCUCUGGAAAGUCAGUGCCACCAACAAACCCAGGUGAUCCAGGCCUUCCAGGCAGAGAAAGACCAACAAGGACUUGGCCCACCCCAUGACAAUGCAGCCCGUGAACUGGCAGCCCAGCUGGCCCUGUCACAGGUGCAGCUGGAAAUCCAUCAGGCAGAGGCCCAGCGGCUCCAGGCUGAGGUGGUGGACCUCCAGGCCAAGGUGCGGACAGCCCUGGACGAACGGGACAAGGUGCAGAGCCAGCUGAGUGUGGCCGAGGCAGUCCUUGCAGAGCACAAGACCCUGGUGCAGCAGCUGAAGGAGCAAAACGAAGCCCUCAACAGGGCCCACAUCCAGGAGCUACUGCAGUGUGCAGAGCGGGAGAGCAUGCUGCAGAAGGAGAGGGCCCACAUGGCCCAGCAGAGGGACGAGCUGGUCCAGGCCAAGUGCAGCUCCGAGGAAGCCCAGCUGCAGCACGCUGAGCUGCAGGAGCAGCUGCACCGGGCCAACACGGACACAGCGGAGCUCGGCAUCCAGGUGUGCGCACUGACCGCCGAGAAGGAGCGGAUGGAGGGGGCACUGGCACGUGCCACCCAGGAGCUCCUGGACACCAAAGAGGUGGCUUCAAGGGAGCGAGAGGACCUGGAGAGCCAAGUGGCAGGGCUGCAGCGAGAAAAGGAGAGCUUGCAGGAGAGGCUGAGAACAGCUGAGGAAGCAGCCGGCUCCCUGUCUAGCCUGCAGGCCCAGCUGGCCCAGGCUGAGCAGAGGGCCCAGCACCUCCAGGAGACUGCACAGCAGGAACGUGACGCCCUCAAGUUCCAGCUGAGCGCUGAAAUCAUGGACUACCAGAACAGGCUGAAGGUGGCCAGCGAGGAGUGCAAGAGCCUCAGGGACCAGCUUGAGGAACGAAGCCAGCAGCUGCAGGACGCUGAGGAGGCUGUGAGCAAGCUGAAGGCCUCUCAAACAGACCUGGGAGAGAAGCUGAGCUGUACCAACACCCGCCUGUCAGAGUACCAGGCUGCCAUGCUGAAGAAGGACAAGGAGGAGGCCACCCUGCGAGAAAACUUGGAGAGGACCCAAAAGGAACUUGAAAAAGCCACCACAAAGUUCCAAGAAUAUUACAGCAGACUGUGCCAAGAGGUGACAAACCGGGAGAAAAACGACCAGAAGAUGCUUGCCGACCUGGACGACCUGAACCGGACCAAGAAGUACCUCGAGGAGCGGCUGAUCGAGCUGCUCAGGGACAAGGAUGCCCUCUGGCAGAAAUCAGACGCCCUGGAGUUCCAGCAGAAGCUCAAUGCCGAGGAGCGCUGGCUCGGGGACACAGAGGUCAACCACUGCCACGACUGCAAGCGCGAGUUCAGCUGGAUGGUACGGCGUCACCACUGCAGGGUAUGUGGCCGUAUCUUCUGUUACUACUGCUGCAACAACUAUGUCCUGAUCAAGCCCAAUGGCAAGAAGGAACGCUGCUGUCGUGCCUGCUUCCGGAAGCUCAAUGAAGGUCCUGGCUCGCCAGAAAGCACCAGUUCUGGCACUAGCCAAGGGGAGUCCAGCCCUGCACUGUCCCCAGUGCACACCGGGACACAGGCCGUAGGAGGCCAAGGAGCCAGCACUGACUGCCAGCCUCCAGAUGAUGCUGUGUUCGACAUCAUCACGGAUGAGGAGCUGUGCCAAAUCCAGGAGUCCGGCUCAUCUUUGCCCGAAACGCCCACUGAAAUGGAUUCUCUUGACCCCAGUGUGGCUGAACAGGACGCCACGUCUAACUCGCUCACCCCCGAGGACACGGAGGAUGCCUCUAUGGGGCAGGACGCUGAGAUCUGCUUGCUGAAGUCCGGGGAGCUAAUGAUCAAACUACCCCUCACCACGGAGGAGAUCGCCAGCUUCGGGGAGGGUCCCCGGGAGCUGUUCGUGCGAUCCAGCACCUACAGCCUCAUCUCCAUCACCGUGGCCGAGGCAGGCCUCACCGUCAGCUGGGUCUUCUCCUCCGACCCCAAGAGCAUCUCCUUCAGUGUGGUCUUCCGGGAGACGGAGGACACCCCACUGGAUCAGUGCAAGGUGCUGAUCCCCACGACACGCUGCAACUCCCACAAGGAGAACAUCCAGGGGCAGCUGAAGGUGCGUGCUCCGGGCAUCUACAUGCUUAUCUUCGACAACACCUUCUCCAGGUUUGUCUCCAAAAAAGUCUUCUAUCACUUGACAGUUGACCGGCCUGUGAUCUACGACGGGAGUGACUUCCCCUAGCUGGCCCCAGGCGCUCGAAUCGCCUCACUUCCUGUACAGGAAACACGGCUCACUCUCCCCCAGAACAUAGAACACUAGGAGGGGAGGGGUAGCUUGGGGCUGAGCAGCCCUAGAGGGGCCUGGGCUGUGCUUUGUCCCCGGCCCUGCUGUCCAGGUCAUGCCUUCCUUGGUCCUCCUCUUCCUACCUGCUUCCCUAUUACCCCACCUCCCCACUACCUGCUGCUCAGCCGGCACCUGACUUUUGGAGAGCUACAGGCCCGGGUUCCCCCUUUCUCCUGGAUGAGAAGUCAAUAAUCUUCCUGCCCUCCGUGCACCUUUGCUUCUCCACCAGAGAGCUCACCUGCCACGGCCUGUCCAUCUCUCGGCCCCACAGAGGCCAGCCCCCUUCCCUGCCACCAGGCCCCGGUGCUCCCAGCAGUGAGCAGAGCCCCAGAGCCAAGGCAGAAGGCACUGUGCACUGGGCAGGUGGCAUGAGGCCUGAGUACUGGGCCCCACUGCCACUCCAUGCAGCCCAUGAUCCCCUCCAGGGCCUCACUCUGUAGACUGUAAUCCCAGGACAGGGUUUGAGGGUUUGGGGAUGGCUCAGACCAGCACCAGCACAGACCCCAGGCCCACUGGCCUUCAAUAGCCAGAGCCUCCCGACCAGCAAGGUAGAGUCCCUGCAAGCCCAUGAAUGAGAGACAGUUGCUGAGCCUGUGUCCCAGCAGAGCAGCGAAGGGACACCCUCUAAGAACUCAGCUUCACUUGGAGCAGCCGGCAGCCCCAGGGGCCCAGGCAUGUGCUCCUGCUCAAGGCCCUGACCAGAUUGUGCCCAGCCAGGAUCAAAGAUGACCAUGGGGCCCAUGAGGGUUCAGCACUGGACCCCUCCCUUUGAACACUUCCGCCCCUGGCUGGGGGUAAGUCAAAAGUUGCCUUGUCCACCACCACAAGAAGGAAACCAACCGAAGAGAACCCUGAGCCAUCUAGAAUCAGCUCUGGAGUGCCAGGACCAGACCAGCAACCCUCUGCUGGCACCAUCUGCGCCAUCUGCAAGAAGAACCAGCUUGCUCCGGUGUCUAACAUGUCUGAGGCCUGGGAUGGACCUGAGCAAACCAAGACCCAGGGUGAAGCUCACCCCAGCUCGUUACAGCAGGGGACCACUCGCAGCCCAGCCCCCAGCUCCAGGAGACUCCACUUACAGAGUUACCCAGCCCUGUGCGAGAAGGGGCCCUCGUUGCCUCGUUGCCUCGAGGGGCCUGCUUGCCCGGCGCCCUGGCGGGUACUGCCCCACCCACUUGGGUUCGUUAACAUAUUUAUUUCUCAUGCUGGAUAGAUACGUGUGUGUCUAUUAGUUUGCCAUUCAGGUUCAAGUUUGCAGUGUACUUUGUAGCUAGAGAGAACAUGCUGGCCUGUUUAAUGGUGACUUUCCUAAAAAGCAUUAUUAUAAUUUUAAACAGGUUCCCAACUUUAACUGCAGUUUGGGGACUGGGACAUUUAAAAAAAAAAAAACUGCAAAUGACACUUGAAGAAGCACCGUUGAAGGUGGCAGCCGGCAGCUAGCCGGUCACACUCAGAAUCACAAGUGGCUUUGGUCAGCUCUCUGAACGCCAUUCCCCUGCUCGGAUCCCUGUUCCAAUUGCCUCACUUCCUGUACCUGGAGCUGUCCAUCAGCUGUUACCAGAGGCACAGCAGCCAAGGAAGUGCAUCUGGUAUCAGGUUGGCAGGAACCGGGACAGGCAGAGGUGUAUACAAGCGGAAAUCUGGAAAGCCCACAGGCUCUGCAAAGCAGAAAUAAAAUCUACACUGGAUAACUCAGAAUUGGAGACCAGAGUGUUUCCUCGUGGUCCCCUAAGGACACGGAGCCAUUGCUGGCCCAAAAGAAACAAAAUUCCUUUGGGGGAGGGGGAUCCCCUACCUUUGGUGACAUAGUUACAUAUCCUUUGCUGCAAUGUUACAGGUGUUCUGCCUUGAUCCUCCUGCAUGUGGGAAAUCUUUAGGCCGGGAGUCCAUCCUCAGCUCCAAGGUGCUGGGAGCUAAAGCAGGGGAGGUCCCCCAUGGUGCUGAGAGCCUAGGCUGGUCUGGGUACAGCCCCACCGAGCCAGCCCUGCGUGCUUCAGGGACUCCCGUGCCACUUUGCAGAACCCUGGGCAGGUUUCUCUCACCCCACCAUAAUUCUUUCCAGGACCCAAGAAAAUUGUUCCGUUCCCUCUUAAGCACUUUUGUAAAAUCAUAGAGUAUAUUGUGACAUUUUGGAAUGAGCUUCCUUAGAGUCUCACGACGCGUGUCACCCAGGGAAGCCCUGCCUCGCAGGUGGCACCAGGCCUCCGCUGGGAGGCUCCGCCUUCCCGUUGCACUUUCCCUGAGUGAAGCUCCGUUCUCACGGCCUUAGGAGAUGUGGGUCCAGGGACCCCAUUCCCUUCUCCCCUGCCAAAGAACUGCCCAGAAACACAUUGCUUACCUUGAAUCCCGUGGUGUCUGCCACACUUUUUGGACCUGUUUUUUAACCUCGGGAUUUAAAUAAACACUAUAACAUUGAA